GGAGCGAGUACCAGUCUAGUCUACACCAAGGAGCUUGUUGUAUGUUGUACAUGUUAUUUGAGUUCAUUACGUGUGAAAAUGACAGAUCAAAGUAAACUAUAAAAAUAGAGUUUGCAAUAGCUGAAGGAGUCCACAUCUACAGCCAUUAAGCGUCUACUCGGACACAUGUUUGGGCGAUGUCGCUGUAUGACGGUUUAGAGUUGGACACGAAAAGCAGUAGUAAGGAUGUCGCUGGUUGGUCAUCAAGCAUCAAGCUGCUACAGUCUCAUCUACAGGUCAAGAAAAAUGUUCUUACACAAGCCAAGAAAGAAAAGGAGAGGCAGAGCAAAGCGGUUACCCUAGCACCGGUUGUUGAUCUGUCACGCCAGAACUCUCAGCCGGAUCCAGACAUUGACAUUCUUCCACCUUUGCAGCUGUCAUUCAACCAGGAGGCACGUGGCUUGAUGUGUGCGGCGUCCGAGGACAGUCUGGACGUUGCUAACGAGUAUGAUCCGCUCUGGCCUAACGACUAUGAGAAGCUGGUGAAGGAGAGGAAGGAGAAUCGAGAGAGGGCGCGAGAGGAGGACCUUCGGAAGCGGGAAAUGGACGAAAGAGACAGUAGAAGACGGAGAGACCGCUACGAUAGGAACGAGACUAGAAGUGACCGGAGAGAGCGAGAUUUCUCCCCUCCGCGGGAGCGAGACGGUUUCAGCAGGAGGCGGGACGAAGAAGAGGACUAUGAUCGAGAGAGACCCUCGCGGGCGGGUGGAGGAGCUGCCAUCGCACCUCCUCCCUCCCUGGUGGAGGAUGUCAAAUCUUCUGCCGGAGCGAUGGCAGACGAUACGAGAUCUGGCGGCAAGGUGGCGCCCUUGUUAGGCAUGCUAGGGGGUUCUGUGGCGGCCCGCAUCAUGGCCAAGUAUGGGUUUCGUGAGGGCCAAGGUCUGGGCAAGCAGGAGCAGGGCAUGAGCCAGGCCCUGCAGGUGGAGAAGACUAGCAAGCGUGGUGGCAAGAUCAUUCACGAGCGAGACAUACCCAAAGACAACAGCGAAGAACGGCGGCCAAAUAUGGCAACACGUGAUCCACAGUGUUUAAUUUUUGAGAUUCCCAACACAACGGAUGACGAAGCGGUGCGGAUAUUUCUGGAAUUUGAACGGAUCGAGUCUGCAACCAAAGCUGUCAUCGACCUGAACGGGCGAUUUUUCGGCGGCCGCGUCGUCAAGGCUGGCUUCUACAACCUCGACAAGUUCCGUGCAUUCAAGCUAACCGAAUGAGACAACGCCUCAUUCCAGCUACACGUGUAAAUACUUUUGAAUAACGCUUCCUUUGCUCUCGCCCAACGCGCUGAAUUAUGUCGCGGACUGUGUCGUUUCAAGUUGUCAUAGUUGUUUGUCUCGUGAUGUGAGUUUGUCUACUGAGGUUAAGAUGAGCUGUAAGUAAUAGCCUGCCAGACCACCCCAUCAAUGGAUGGCAGGAGGUAGACCACACUGGAUGCAGAUUCCAGGCUAUGCUGUAAACUGUGUUCGCUAGAGAUAGUAAACUCUUUAUGUAUCGUCA